AUGCCGAACGCACUUGGAAGAAGGAACGAAUGGAGGGAAGCAGUAACGUUGAAUUUCCUGUUCUCCCUUGACCGCAAAGUUAUGGCCGAUGUCGAGCAAGCCGAGUUGCUGAAAAGCUUAUACGCUCACGGAGAGCAGUUCUUACAACAGUUCUCUCUUCCAAAGUCUCUCAAACCCACCAAAGCGCCUGUUCCAGCCCAUCACCAAGAAGAUAGCGAUGAAGGAGAAUCAGAAUGGAGUGGAAUUGGCUCAGACGAUGAAAGUGACUCGGAAGACGGAGAGGGAUACGACUCUGAGGAGGAAAUGGCCACAGCGGGACCCUCAGUGCAGCCCGAAAAACCUGUUGUCGUUUUCACGGACUUUAAAGGAACCGACAAGAGCGUCUCAAAAGCAGGAAUGAGAGAAUUUAUGUCGUCCAAAAUCUCGAAACUUCAACAAGAUCCUAGCUCUAAAGCAAAAGGAAAAAGGCCAGCGGAUCCGGAAUCUGAUGAAGAACUGUCAAACGCGAAAAACGAUGCUCUUCUACACAAACUCGUCCAUACUAAACUGCUGUCCGGUUCCCUGGAUCCCGAACUCAAAUUGACCCCUGCGCAGCGCAGGAAGGCUUUAGAGGGAAGAGUUGCCGAACUUGCGGGUGCCAUGACUGGAGAGGUUAAACUGGGAAAGGGAGAAUCAAAAAUACGAAAAGCCGAGCAUAACAGGGCAUCAAAACAAGUCCGAGAGGGCAUUGCUCAAAAGCAACGAGAACGACAGAAAAGAUGUUUGGAAGAGGCCAAAAACAUAGGAACAUAUCACCCCAGCCUUAAGAAACUCUUUGAAGACGAAUCUUCCCAAUCGUCCUCCCGCCAAAAUCGAAACCGUGGAAUGAAGAUGGGUGUUGGCAGGUUCAAGGGAGGUAUCUUGACCCUAUCCAAGAGCGAAAUCGAAAAGGUCCAAGGUCCAUCUCGAACACAGCGACGGCAGGGAACCCAUCCAUACAAACGAAAAUGA